CCGCUGCAUAAAUUCACAAUCCUUGCACGCCUCUCUGCGUAGGCGCUACCAACAUUAUCCACUACGAACUAAAUCACUAACCUAUUUUCUUUAUUAAAAAACUUUGCACACGGCGAACACUAGCAGUUACCACCGUCUUAAAGCUAGGUAAGCUCUACUCAACGCUCUCAUGGCCUCCCCAAACCCUCUGGAUCUCGAGAUCACGAUAAUCUCCGCCAAACACCUCAAAAACGUCAACUGGAGAAACGGGGAUCUCAAACCGUAUGUCGUUUUCUACAUCGACUCAGACUACCGACUCGCCACACACUUGGACGACGCGGGCUCAACUCACCCCGUCUGGAAUGAGCGCUUCACUCUCCCCAUAACUCGCCCCGUCCGCGAAUCCAUCCUUUCCCUUGAGAUCUUCCACUCCAAAGUCUCCGAAACCCCCAAACCACUCGUCGGCUCGGUGAAGUUUCCUCUCGCUCACCUAGUCGAUGCGGACGAGUCCACUCAGUCCGUACGCAACCUUGAGCUUCUCCGCCCAUCCGGUCGUCCUCAGGGGAAAAUCCGCGUGAAACUCGCCAUCAAAGAGCGACCCCUGCCGGUGCCCAGUCAGGAUUACCAAAAUGCCCCUGAUUAUAGCCAUUAUUACUAUUCUGCCCCUCCUCCUUUUCCGUCUCCUUCUCGGGAUUUCGGCUACUACCCGGGAUAUUACUCUUCGCAGCCGCCACGGCCGAUGUUCGGCAGACCCUCCAGUUACAGUUUCCCAAGCGGUAGCGUCCCGUCGGCUCCUAUUGAUUAUUCGGCGAACGAUCAGAAGCUGCCGCCGUUACCUCCUCGGUCGAUGUACGGGGUGCCAGUUGGCAGUGGGCCCUCAGCUCCCGUUGAUUACGCGCCGUACGAUCAGAAGCUACCGAAGCAGUUCGGAGGUUUGAGUUUAGAAGAGGAGGUUAACAAAAAGGAGAAGGAGAAAAGGGCUGAGAGUGAAAUGGCGUCAAGGGAAGGUUACAAUUACAGUGAUUACCGCCAUGAUUAUUGAAGUAUGUUUAGUCAUUAAGGGUUAAAAUAUAUUUAGGAAAGUUAAAUUAAUAAAAUUAUGGUUGAGUGUUUAAUGUUGGUUUGUGGCUUUGAUGAAAUGAUUAAUAUACUUGUAUAUAUGAUUGACUUUCCUUUAUAAGUUAUUUCAUUUCCUCUUUAUCAUUAA